AUGGUGGACAAGAGCAUCAAUCAGCGGCAACCAGUCUGCUGCAAGAAUCGCAAUGAGAUGCUGGAAAGGUUCCUGACGGAUGAUAGUCUCAACGAUGUAGUCCUUAAGGGAACUGAUGGAGUCGAAGUGCCAGCGAAUCGCUUUCUAUUGGCAGCCCGUUCGGAUGUCUUCAAAGGGAUGCUGCUGGGCAAGUUUCAAGAGUCAUCGCUGCCGGUUGUAGACCUCAGUUUCUCAGGAAGUGUCCUCAAGGCAGUGGUGGAAUUUGUGCUUACAGAUUCAGCGCAAAUCCUCAAGUUCAACAAGCGAAAGGCACCUGAUGGGGAGGAAAAUGACGUUCCCACUCAUCAAAUUGAAUCAUUGGUGUCAUUGGCAGUGGCUGCCUCCUACUUCAAUCUUGGUGGCCUGGGAGUCCUUGUCCUUGAGUGCUUUGAAAAAAGUCUCUUGGCUAAACAGCCGUGUGCAUCUUUUGCCAUUUUGCAUGCAUGCAGAAUGGCUGGCAAUGCUGUGCCAGAAGCGCUGCAGCUAAAGGCAAAAGAUUGGAGUGGGAACUGUUUCGGAUUCUUAAACUCUGGAGGGAUAUUGACCCCAAUCAAAGAAAGAAAUCAGCAGCAGGCAUGUCCAAGCACAUAUCUUUUGAAAAAAUUGAACCCCAAUAUUUGA